CUGGUGGCCGAUUUUAUGCCCCAUGAAACUCUCGCUAAGCAUCUUUUUCACUGGGAUGCUCAACCAGUGAAAUGGGCCAUGAGAUUGAGGGUGGCUUUGCAUCUGACACAAGCUCUGGAAUACUGUAGCAGCAAAGGGCGUGCAUUGUAUCACGAUCUCAAUGCCUACAGGGUUUUAUUUGAUCAGGAUGGAAAUCCCAGACUAUCCUGCUUUGGCCUCAUGAAGAAUAGCAGGGACGGCAAGAGUUACGGUACAAACUUAGCAUUCACUCCUCCGGAGUACCUGAGAACUGGUAGAGUGACACCAGAAAGUGUGGUUUACAGCUUUGGAAUGUUGGUGUUGGAUCUUCUGAGUGGAAAACAUAUACCCCUAGCACUUGAUCUAAUUCGUGGCAAGAAUUUUCUGAUGCUUAUGAAUUCUGCUCUAAAGGGUAAUUUUUCAAAUGAUGAUGGAACUGAACUUGUGUGUUUAGCUUCCCGCUGUUUGCAGUAUGAAGCACGUGAGAGACCAAAUGCAAAGUCUCUUGUCACUUCUUUCAUGUCUCUUCAGAUAGAAACAGAGCUUUUCCUCUAUUCUAAAGUUGUUUUUGAACUAAGAGGGAUGAGAAGAUUUUGGGAGAUGAAAAGAGUGGAAAUGGAUUAUGCAAACAAUGAUAAUCUUGGAAAAGCAGUUGAGAAGAGUCUUAGUAGCAUUCUAGCAAAAGAUGUUGCACUUGACAUUUAA